AUGGGUCUACUAUCAUCCGCCGACAAGGAGAUCAUUAAGAGAGCUUUGCCUAAAUCUUCGAAUAAAAUUAUAGAUGUGACUGUGGCUCGGUUAUACAUUGCAUAUCCUGACCCCAAUGAGUGGCAAUACACGGGGCUGUCAGGAGCAAUUGCACUGGUUGACGACCUUGUAGGUAACACUUUCUUUUUGAAACUAGUUGAUAUUAAUGGUCAUAGAGGGGUGUUGUGGGAUCAGGAGCUAUAUGUGAACUUUGAGUACAACCAAGAUCGUACUUUCUUCCAUACAUUCGAAAUGGAAUCAUGUUACGCAGGAUUGCUCUUUGUGGACUUAAGUGAAGCAGCUCAUUUCCAUAAGAGAGUAGAAAAGCGUCAAAAAUAUGCUUCAAAAAAGACUCUAAACAACAAAAAUGCUGUGGCCAUGGCCGUUAAAGUUACAAAAGAAAAUGCAUCAAAGGUGACACAUGGACCAAGAGGUGAAGCGCUCAUAGAUAAUCAGCGACAAAGAUACACAAUGGAUAAAGUUGAACAAUUGCCAAAUACUAGGAAAAAAGCACCCCCACCACCACCACCUAGUGCUGAGCCAGCUCCAGAAUCUACUCCUGACCUAACGCAAUCUGAAACAACUACUACUUUCAACUCUCCUUCUCCUGCCCCUCAAACGGAGACGCCUCAACCCGCAGAAAAUACUGAAACCCAAACUAGUCCACAACAGCAUCAAAAACACAAAGUCCCUCCACUUCCAGAUUUUAUGCAAGGACAACCCUCAGGUGCUCCUCCACCUGCUCCACCUUCAUUCCCACAAGCGCCAGGCCAACCACAGCCUCAAUCUAACAAUCCAUUCCCAAUUCCGGUGCCACAACCUCCGCAAUCUACAAGUGCACAAGCAGGUAAUUUCCCAUUCCCAGUUCCACAAGAGCCAGCUAGGAACUUCUCAUCGCCUUCUCAAUUUAACCAACCUUAUCAACCAGGUCAACCAGCAUUCGGUCAGCAAAAUAGAGCAGUUCCUCCCCCACCUCCAAAUGCUCAAAGACCAGUUCCACAGCUGCCACCAGGAAACAGACCAGUUCCGUCCACUGGAUCUAGGCCUCCUCCUCCACCGUCAAGAAGAGGUCCAGCUCCUCCUCCACCACCACAUAGGAAUUUUAGUGCCCCAUCUGGUCAACAAAGUAUGCAAACAGGUGCUGUACAACAUAGUACAAGGAGAGGACCAGUGCCGCCACCUCCUCCAAGGGGUGCGCGUCCUAUUCCUCCUCCUCCACAGUCUAAUAACUUUGGUAGUGUACCAGCGACUCAAUCUCAACAGCCAACACCUGUUUAUCAACAACCACAACAACCUCAAUUCAAUGCGCAGCAGGUUUCUCAACAGCAAGCAUACCAACCACCACCACCACCGCUACCUACAAAUCAACAAGCGUAUCAGCAGCAGCAGCCUCCGCCUCCACCUCCAGUGAGUUCUCAACCAGCUUUUCAACAAGGUCAACAGGCACAAGCUCCACCUCCUCCUCCACCGCUACCUGUACAAAAUACUUCAUCUGUAUCUCCAUCUAAUGGUGCUCCAGCGGCUCCACCUCCUCCACCUGCAUUCCUCUCUGGUACUCCAGGUCAAUCUCAGCCGCCUGCUCCAGGUGGUCAAAUAAAUGAAGCAACUGGUGAUCCAGGCAGAGAUGCACUAUUAGCUUCAAUUAGGGGAGCUGGAGGUAUAGGUGCCUUGAGAAAAGUCGAUAAAUCUCAAUUAGACAAACCUUCAGUUCUAUUACAAGAAGCCCGUGGUGAACCUGUUCAAACAAGUCAACCAACAGGUGGAGCAGGCGCACCUCCGGGUGGUCCUGGAGGUUCUCUUGCUGAUGCAUUGGCAGCGGCUUUGAAUCAACGUAAGAACAAGGUUGGAGCUGGUGACGAUUAUGAUAAUGGUGACGAUUGGUAA